AUGGCCGUCUUAUGCACUGCAUCGCAGACAGAGCUGCACAGCAACGCCGGGUCCUUGAAUGCGGUAUUGGCGUCCGACAGAGCUCGAAAGUAUAAUUUUGGCGACGUAAAUGAAGACAUACAAGUUCCCGAUCCUAGGAUCUUCAAGGAUCCAAUUCCGUCGACUGAUGUUACGUCCCUCCCGAACAUGGCGCAAUGUGCCGCGCACUUGGAACUCUUGCAGGCGAUCAACCAUAUCCGCCGGGAAGUCCUCAAUUCGAAGGACUUGGACGCGAUCCUCAACAUCAAGCCGGAGAAGCGGACAGUGGUACAACGGUACUCCCGGAAAAGGAUCGAGGUAAAAGAUCCUAGGUUUGCGCAGAAACGGCAGGUCAAAUGGCCAUUCUAUCUCAGACUGGGAGUCGCCCGAUUCUUUCUCUGGUUGAAGAAGAUGGAUGAGACUUUAGCGUCGAAUAAGAAUAAAGUCCUUGAGUUGCCAUCCUGUCCUCCACUAGAUGUGCUCAUCGCGUGGCAUUCUGCCCUGUUGAAUCCGGCAUGGUUCAGGAAGUACUGUAAGAACAGUGGGAUCAAGUUUAUGCGGCGCGUGAUAUUUCCGUGGGGCCAGAUUCAUCAAUGCAUCAAUGACCAAGACUGGAGUUUCAACCUGCCCUCGGACGCAAGGCAGAGCUUUACGAGCCUGACUGGCCAGGAAGCAGAUUUGCUGGCCUACCUUCUGAGUCCAAAGCCUGAGCCUUAUACCUCUCUUCUACUCGCUUACCAAGACUCGGCUUCUGACAAUCGUCUCUACCUAAACAAGCUGGACAGUCUCUGUCAGGAGAAGAAAGAGGAGUCACCGCAUAACGCCUUCAUUACAUCCUGCCACGCAGCCGCCUACCCAGGCCCAUACGCAACAUACCUGUUCGCCGCAAUCGAGCGCCAACGUGUCUUCGUCGACAAGAUGGUCGGAUACCUCUGGAUCCGCAGCCCAGGCGUCCACGGGACGCUGUCGAGAGCAAUCACCCGCUACGAGUACUUCUUGCAGCUAUUCAAACUCCGCCCGGGGACAACGCUUGUGCCAACGCUGGACAUCGACCUGGUGUGGCAUACGCAUCAAUGCUCAGCGAGCAUGUACAAAGCCAGUAUGGAGAAACGAGCGGGCAGGUUCAUCAACCACGACGAUACCAUCCCGCCGGGGGUGCUGCAGACGCAGUCGGACGAGACCUCGUUGUUUUUCAGAGACUACUUUGGCAUGGAGUAUCAUAUUUGCCUGUGCUGGGAGUGCGAGGCUCUUCAGUCGGCUGUGGAUGAGUGUAGUGACGGCGAGGUGGAUUUUGAGAAGCUGGCGAAUAAAGUUUUCAGUGAUGUGGCGGCUCAUCGGCUGCUGGAGUUGAAGCGGAGAAAGCAGGCAUAA